AUGGACACCGGGAAGCGGACGCUUCAAGCGUACGUUGAAGACUGCGUCGAAGAGGAUGAGGAGGAUUCAGAUUCCGACGUCCCUCUAAGAGAAACGCAAGCGAAACGUCUCAAACGGUUCCAUGAACCAAAAUCACCUCGGACCAUUUCUUCCUCACCACCACUUCAGCCCUCGCAACCAGCACCAACAGCUCAAGCCCAGCCCGCAACUCUACCCAGCAUUACUGCGAUACGAAACGAGCGAACUCAAUGCCACGCUCAACGACCUAGACCCCGAGCCCCUGCCCCCUCAAUUCGCACUCAACUCCCUGCGACAGCGGUCAUCAACAAUGCAAGGCAAGCAUCUCGGAGCUUUGUCGCAACCUCAGAACCUUUCCGAUCUGCAGCUACCCCUACUACAAACACACUGUCUAUCGACGGCAUUGACUUGAAUCCUCCUCAGCCGCGCUGGCCACCGCUGCCCGACAACAGCAACAUACCCCAUUCCUUUUUAUUUUACGCUGAAGAGAUUCGCAUCGUCGUGAACAUGCUUUGCGGCACAUGCAUUGAUCGCGAACUAUUCUUUGAACUCAUCCGACAUCAAGACACCACUCCAUCCGCAAGGCCUGUCUGGACUAUCCCAGAGAUAUCAGAGCAAAAAGAGAUCGGGUUUCUCUGCGGUAAGUCUCCAGUUCACCAACAUCGCCAUGUCUAA